ACUCUUUCGAUAGUUUCAAUGUUCUCCACAAACUCGCCUGGGCAAGAUGCCUCGUCUUGAUAAUUAUCAUACUAAUCGAACUACCACAGACUUCUCAAUAAGUCAACUAUUUGAUUAUAAUACUAUAGGAUCUUCUAUACAUAACUCUACUCUACAAAUCACCUUAUUUUACACCUGUACUCUGUUUAUAGUCUGGUCCUGGGCAAUACAUAAUAAUUAUCCCUGUUACACAAUUCUCAAACUUCAACUCUCUAUAUCCUAAGAGCCGAGACAGCACGUAUUUCAUAUAGAGCAAAAGUAAAAUCGUACGAUCGUACGUCCCUUCCUUUGGCAGGCAAAAACAUGCCAGAGGCACCAGAUAGCCAACAGCACAACAAAAUGUCUGUCUUCACAACGGUAUCGAAUAGCAGGAUGGAGCGGAUCGUGAUCUGGAGAGAUGAGGUAAAAGAAGCUCGGACCUUUUGUUCGUGUUCGGCGCCAACCAACUCGGCGGCCGUGAGCCAAGAAGUCAGCAGAGAUGCAUUGCCAACCUCUGCAGCAAGCACCGCGGUCAACUCGGACAGUCGCCCGGAGCCAUCACCGCGAACCCCUCUACUCUUGCCCGAUCCAGGACCAUCCACAUCGGUCGCCAUUGAGUUGGAAACUUCAAGCGAUGAACCGAAAUGCUCCAUUUGCUCGCUGCCCGUGGAGGCAGGCCUGUCGUUCGUAAAGCUUAGAAAUCAUGGGGACGAGGGACUUGUACGCGGGCAAACGAGUCCUCGGUCUUCGGCCAGCCUUGAUAAGAUAGCGGCCGUUGUUGAGUCUAGGGAGUACAGGACGCCGACAAGAAUGUUCAUCAAAAGGAAGACACCCAGUUUUUCCUCGCUGAAGAAGAAACUUAGCCCAAAGGGAACCAAGUUUGACAUGAAAAGGUUCCGCAAGGGAGUGCAAAGCUUCUUUGGACGGAAGGUGAAACUAGUCUCUACAGCUGACGAGCCCAAGAUUCGUCCUCGAGCAACGGAGAUGUACCGAGCAUAUCGGUUCAACACGGGUCCUCUCGUGCUUGCAGCAGAAGCGUCGGUUGAUACCCAAAAUGGGAUCUCUGACGAUGGGCGCGGGAAGCCCAAGGUGGCUAUCGAACAAUCCUCGGAGCGGAUAUACAGAGCUCAUAAACUACUAGAAAAGGAGAAGAAAAGAAUGCUAGAGCGGCAGAGGAGAGAGGCAUUCGUGCAAGAGGCCAUGAAUAAAGUAAGAGCCCGAACGCCAUUACCCCUUCCCUGAGGCGUACAGCUGCUGUACUGUUAGAGUAUGAGAAGUGUGGUCAUUCUUUUCGGAAGAGAUGGGCCCCAUAUAUAUCUAAUUCAUGUAUGCAUAAUAAGGUUGUCAGGACUCAGAAGCAUGGUUCUAUUCGGGACAUGGAUACAGCGGCAUUCGGGCUCGGACACGAUAAAUAUACCCAUAGCCUAUAGGUGCUAGCGAGUCGGUUUCUAAUUUUUAAUUUUACAGAGCGUGUCCUGGACGUCUAGACAAGAGCCAGGUAGAACAAAACAGGAGUUGUUACAGCUUAAUUCCUAUUCAAGACAAUAUGAUCUUUGUUUAGCGAGGGAAAAACUACUUACACAUAGACGUGUUUAAGUAGGUAUUG